AUGUGGAUUAAGUGUAAGACCCCGAGCGGUGAGAGUACAAUAAUCUUGAGGGAUCCGGCAUGCUCCGAGGGCACAUGCGAGGUUAUUUCUCCGACGAGAGCAACCGACGUGCGAGCACGACUAGUGCUCGAGGGGAGAAUUGCGCAGAUAGAGACGGACGGCAUGGUCCGUAUGGAGGCAGUUAAGCGUGGAGGACUGUGGGAGAUUGAUAUCGUGGGGAAGCCGAGGGCAUUCCUUGCGAGGGGACCGGUCAAGAAAGACCGGGUGUGCGCCACGGCAAAGAGGCCAGUAAGAGCGGAAAGCGAGGUGAAAAAGACGGUGAAGGACGUGGAGGUCGACAUAGACGAGUCGAACGAUGAGAAUAGGGGCGUCGAACGAGAGAGGGGAAUGUUUGUGGGGCCGGACGAGGAGCCCCGCACAGGUUCAAAUAUGGUCGAAAAAGGGGCGAAAAUUGGAUUGACGUGCAAGGGAGACGUGCACACGCCCGCGCCGCGCGCACAGAUUCAAAAGGGGUCAAUGUGGGCCGAUUGUGGGAAGUUGCGCGCGAAGUUGUGGAGGGGUCCAAGGAGAUUGAAACUGCAAAGAGAGCCCAACGACGGCGAUAGAGAGCGAGCGAGCCCGCCGGUGUGGAACAGGCGCAUGUGCCAUGCACGGGGCGCGGAGCGCAACCCGUACAAGGUGCGCUCAAGGCGGUAG